UCAACAUUGCAAAGAAGCAAAGAAAAAAAAAUACAGAGCUUUAAAAGCCUGAAUAAAUGGAAAAUCACAGAAAAGAUUUCGUCUGUUAUUAAGGCACACUAAAAUAGAGAGAGAGAAACUGUAAGGAAGAAAAGAAGAAGAAGAGAGAAGAAACGGGGUGGAAGAUCUUGUCAGAUCAAGCUAGAAAAAACUGUAUGAGAAAAUACUUAUCAAAGUUCUUAUCUAUUUUUUGGUUGGGUUUUUGGUUUUGACAUAAGCGAUGUGGUUUGAUCUGUUUAACUGAUUUUUCUUCUAGCUGUCUUUCUCAAGUUUGAUGGGGAGGGAACUCGUAAAUGUGCACAUGGACAAUAAGCCAAAAGGUGUAGUGAAAUCGAAUGGUAUGGUGAAUUCAAAUGGUAAUCCAAAAGUUUCAGAAGGCCCUGAGUCAAAGAACUCUGAGGUCAAAGAAUGCACUGCAGAGCAAUCGGUUGUCGAGAAUGGUCUUGAGAAUCAAGAUGUGCUGGGUGUUAAAAUCACAAAUUUUCGUACUAACAUCCCUGAUGAGAAAAAUGAAAAGACUGGAGAUCAGGAAUCCACUAACAAUAAGAAGUUAGGCACCACUGCAUCUAAAUCGAGUGGUGCUGGAAAUACUCAUGUCCACCACACGACCUCAAAAGCUGGUCCAAAUGGCACGGCAAGUGUUAAUUCUACACGUUCACCUACUGCUAAAAGGAAUUCAGAGCCAAGCUCUCCUCUGACUCCUCGGAUGUCAAGGAAGCCAAUGCAACCUUUUGACAGGAAGCAUCCUGAUGAAGAAGAUAAUUGGUCUGUCGCUUCCUCUACUGCUGCGUCUAUUGGUACUGCUAGAUCGAGAGUUACUAUUGGAACUGCUCCAACCUUUAAAAGUGCUGAACGAGCUGAGAAACGGAAGGAGUUUUACCAGAAGUUAGAGGAAAAACACCGAGCUAUGGAGGCAGAGAGAAGCCAGUGUGAGGCCAGGACCAAGGAAGAGCAAGAAGCAGCCCUUAAGCAACUUAGAAAGAGCAUGGUUGUAAAAGCAAAUCCAAUACCUAGUUUCUACCAUGAAGGACCUCCACCAAAGGUUGAAUUGAAGAAGCUGCCAUUGACUCGGCCAAAGUCACCAAAUCUUACUCGGAGAAAGAGCUGUGGUGAUGCAGUCGACUUAUCUCAGGAUGAAAAAGCAAAAGCUUGCUGUCGGACUCGCCGACACAGCUUAGUUAUCCAUAGAGAACGAUCCUCUACUGUGAAUGAGGUCAAAAGUAAGGGACAGAGCAGUAAUGGAGAUGGCAAGGUGAAAGAUUGAGCAAAACAGGUAAAAGAGGCAACAAAAGCUGCUCCUACUAAAAUCACCGAGCAGAGUAAUGUUAACAUCAAUGUUCAGUCAUGAACAUCCGGUUUUUACUAACUCUUAAAACGGGGAAAUGGUCUUGAAUUUCACUACAUGUCCUGAAAGGAAUUAGCCUGUUUCUUUUCACCAGGGAUGACUUGUUUUGUCAUUGGUUUGCAUUGAUUUGAAUUGUAUAUGUAUAUGUUUUGUAAGUUACAUUGUUACAUAUCUUGUUAUAUAUAAAAAGAGUUAUUGAUUCUAAUGUUGAUGAAAUGCCUUGUUUUCAUAUGAAAUUUUCAUAA